AUGAUUGCUGUCGGUAUGGAAGGUUCCGCCAACAAGCUUGGCGUGGGCGUCAUGUUGCAUCCCGACGAUAGCAGCGCUGCCCCCCAGGUUCUGGCGAAUAUCCGUCACACAUAUGUCUCUCCUCCCGGCGAGGGCUUUCUCCCCAAGGACACCGCCCGACAUCAUCGAUCAUGGGUGGUCAAGUUGGUGAAGAAAGCGCUCAAGGAAGCCCACCUGUCCAUCGACGAUGUGGAUUGUAUCUGUUAUACGAAAGGCCCCGGCAUGGGUGCCCCUCUUCAGAGUGUUGCGGUUGCGGCCCGGAUGCUGAGCUUGCUAUGGGGGAAGCCGCUGGUGGGUGUGAAUCACUGUGUCGGACAUAUUGAAAUGGGCAGACUUAUUACGGGUGCUACCAACCCGGUUGUUCUCUACGUCUCCGGAGGAAACACACAAGUAAUCGCGUAUAGCUCGCAGAGGUACCGCAUCUUCGGCGAGACUCUUGACAUCGCAGUGGGCAACUGUUUGGAUCGGUUUGCGCGAACGUUGCACAUCUCCAACGAUCCAGCACCAGGAUAUAAUAUUGAACAGUUGGCGAAAAAGGGACAGAAAUUGGUGGACUUGCCAUAUACAGUGAAGGGCAUGGACUGCUCAUUUUCAGGUAUCCUGGCGGCAGUCGACGGAUUGGCGGCAACAUAUGGGCUAGACGGUCGAGAGAAGAAGAGCGACGAGAGUGCAAGUGAUCCUGAUCGGCCGACCCGCGAGGAUCUGUGCUUUUCGCUCCAGGAAACAAUUUUCUCUAUGCUGGUUGAGACCACUGAGCGUGCCAUGGCUCAUGUCGGGUCAAAAGAGGUUCUGAUCGUUGGUGGAGUUGGUUGCAAUGAACGGUUACAGGAGAUGAUGGGGAUAAUGGCUCGGGAUCGCGGAGGCAGUGUGCAUGCGACAGAUGAGAGGUUCUGUAUCGACAACGGCAUUAUGAUUGCGCAGGCUGGCUUACUCGCAUACAAGACCGGGUUUACAACUCCAUUGAAAGAUUCUACCUGUACACAACGCUUUCGGACGGACGAUGUGUUUGUCAAAUGGAGAGAUUGA